AUGCCCUCUGCAACAGCCGUCUUCAACCGCACCCUCACCAACCUGGGGCCUCUCACAACCACCUUCACACCAGGGCCAUCAUGUACCGCUCUCGCGAGCCAGUCCAACGCAGGCUUCAUCUUCGCGCGCUCCGGGUAUGGAAACGACCUCGAAUCGGCCAACGGCCCGAAUUUCCCCUACGGCUCCGUGGCCUGCACGCCGCAAGAUCUCGCGACGUGCUACCCCAACGGCAAGGAACGCCAGUCUAUCCUUGCCACUGGCUACGAGUUUACGCAGGCCUACAACUCGCCAGGCUACCACUGCCCUGCCGGAUGGACCGCCGUCGCCUCCGCGACACUUCCGGACUUGAGUAGCAACCGCACUGUGCCGUCGGGCUAUGAUGCGUAUGCGACGGGGUUCGCUCUGUCGGCAAUGGCCUCGGGCGAGACGAUGACUAUGUGCUGUCCAAGUGGCUACACGCCGUUUGCCGGCGACUUUGAAUUUCAAGUUGGCUGCACUUCUAGCAUGGGUCCGACGUCUUCGUACGGCGUCAGCGAGAGAUGCUUCAAUGACCGCCCUACCACUACGGCGACGUUUGAGUACUGGAGCGGUGAGGUGACCAAGAUUGAGCCCGUGUCUGACGCGCCGGCAAAGUAUAUACAGCUGCCGCUGCAGACUGGCAGCCUGAUCUCGUAUGAGAUAAUUCAUACCAUGCCCAACAUUGUGCUGAUCAACAAGGGUACGGCUACGGAGACGGCAUCACCCACGCCGACCAGCACCAGCAAAGAUGAAGGCAAGGAUGGAAAGAAGAACUCGGGAAGCGUGCAGAGAGUCAAUUUGCCUUUUGCCGCGGCCGUUACCAUCCUGCUUGCCGCAGGAUCAUUGUUGGGACUUGGCUGA